AUGCAUAUUUCUCAUGAAUUUUCAUACACUUUCACUCAAAUCGGAUUUGUUUCUACGUUGAUAUUCAACUUAUUGUUUCUAUAUCUCACUGCUUUUCAUAUUAAGAAAAUCACUGGAACAUACAAACUUAUGGUCCUUAUUUUCACUUUUAUUGGAAUUGUUUUUUCUGCUUGGGAGCUAGUUGCUAGACCAUUUGCUCACAAUUACAAUAAAGCGUUGAUAUAUUUUAGUCUAAAUUCAUGGCUACAGGAGUAUCCAGAGUUUCUCCAAUUUGCUAUAAUACUCUUUGCAAGCUUUUAUUUGGUUAUUUUGGCAAUUAUUGCUGUUCAAUUUGCUUUUCGGUACUUCACUCUCUGUAAACCACAUCUUUCCAAAAAGUUUGGUGGAUACGGAGUUAUAGUUUGGUUGCUCUAUUCACUCAUUUCUGGGUUUAUAUAUGGAGGUGCAUUAGGCUAUUUCGGAUAUCCUGAUAUCUAUUCAGAUGAUUACAUGAGUGACGUAGUUGAAGAAUGGUACAACCGCACAAUAACCAGCUUCCCGCGUUUUCUUAUAAUUCCUUACGCAGCAGAUGGUUCUGUGAGAUGGCAGAAUAUUGAUUUUUUGAUCGUUGGAGUUUUUAUUUUGGAAUUACAAUAUGCCAUAAUUAUUUAUUGUGGUGUUCGAAUGCAUACAAUUCUUCAAAAAGAACUUCAACAACAAUCAAUUGUCAACCAAAAACUUCAAAAACAAUUCUUCAGAGCUCUUGUAGUACAAACCGUUGUUCCAACAUUCUUGUUCGUGCUUCCAAUAGCUCCAUUUUUAAUUGGUCCGUUACUUGAACCAAUUAUUGAAAUCGGAAUGAACUUUCCAACUGGAUGGAUGUAUGUUAUAUUGACUAUCUAUUCACCUAUUGAUACAAUCGCAUUUAUGAUGAUUGUUCAAGAAUACAAAAAAGCUUUGAGAGAAGUUUUUCAUCCAAUUCUUCCUAAGAGAGUCAAGGUAAUGAGCGAACUUACUAUGCCAACAGGCCCAACGUCCACUUCCCGAGCAAUUUAA